CAUCCAUGGUUUGAUAUGAGAGUUUGAAGUUAUUUUGGUUUUUGAAAAGUUUUACUCAUUUUAUCGAUUUUGAAAAGCAUUAUUAUUUCAUAAUGAUGUAGAUAUAGACGAUAAACAUAUAAAGAUAUCUAAAUUUACAAGUAUCGUUAUCAGAAUCAAGUUUCUUAGCGUCAUAUGAACCUAUUUGUUUAACUAUGGAUGCAAAAGGUACACAAGUGCAUGCCAAGGCAAAGCAAUCUAAAUCAAGAGCAGGUCCGUGUCCAUGGCUCUGUAACCCAGUACCAACUAGUGUGCCCGCCCCCGGUAAAGCACAGGCUGUUAUACAUCCUAGAAAAGAUGUGUUCGUUCUGAAGGUUGCAAAAAUAGGGCCAAACGGUGACCGUCGUUGCAAGAUGGAACUGGAACUGGUGACGCCUAAAAGAUCUGAGAAGCCUGUCCCCUUCCGCCUGGAUACUAGAGAAGUUCAAUGUGAACCGGAAGUUGAUCCUUGCUGUUGCAACAAACCAAAAAAGAAGAGGAAAUAAAUCCACUUUCAAGGCUAAAUAAUUCCUUUUGAAGAAUCUAUGAAUAAUUAUUAAGUUUACGCAACAAUAAACUAAUAAAAAU